AUGGAAGAACAAAAGCAGCUCUGCUACAAGUGCGGCGUAAAACCCCCAAACUACAAAAUUCGAUCACAAAAAGUAUGCAGAGAUUGCUUUAUCAAAAAUACAGAGCAUCUUUUUCGUUCCAAUCUCAAGGCUCUUCUAUCUCCUAAAAAAGGCGAGAAUCUUCUCAUUGCAAUCUCAGGUGGUGCUAAUUCCAUGUCUAUGCUCCAUUUAACAGACACAUGCAAGAACCCUGAAAAAACUACCAAAUUAAUGCAAUUUACACCAGUUUUGCUAUACAUUGACGACUCUUUUAUAUACCAUACCCCACAGUCCCAAGUAUCUGAAUUUCUAGAGUCCGUUGAAAAGCGCUACAAUGUGCAUAUAAAUGUGAUCAAAAUUGAAGAGAAAAUUCCAGACAUUGAAGAACAAUUAAAUUUACCAAGCCAAGCUAAAUCUGAUAUGCUCUAUUUCGUUAUUAAUAAUUUGAUCACAGAUUUUGCAAGAGAAAACAACUACCAGAAAGUAAUCACUGGAGAAAGCGCAAGCAGAGUGUCUACGCUAGUUAUGUCAGAAAUUUGUAAAGGCCGCGGAGUAAGCGUUUCUUCAUUUUCAUCACCUAUACUUUUAGUAGAUGGAAUUACGAUAGCAAGACCUUUGAGAGAGUUAUUAGAAAAAGAGGUGGCGAUAUAUCAUUCUAUAUAUGAUAUUCUCUUUUUAAUUAAAUAAUAUUACAGUUUUGUAUAGCUAUAAGGAUACAAAUUUAGCAAUAAAUAAUUAAUUAAAUAUCAAAUUCAAAGAAACUUGAUAUGUUCCAUUGCUUACAAAACUUCCUAUGGCUCAAUCACUCACUUUGCCUUGGGCUGGAAGCAUGGACAUACUUAUACAAGAUUUCCUCGGAAACUUGCAGUCAAAGUUCCCAUCAACUACACAUACGCUAUUAAGAACUGCAACAAAAUUAAUUCCACAAGGAAACUUCAAUGAAAUUUGUGCUAUUUGUAAACACACAAAAGACGGGCCGAUUAAUCAUUUGGAAAAGUUCAACAGUGAGUAUGAAGACAUUUGCUAUGCAUGCCAUCAUUUAAGACAAAAUAAAUAA